GGGAAGACAAUGGUCUAUUUUCUGCCCCUGAUACUUUGGCCACAUACCUAUAUACUCAUUAUUACGCUACUGAAGGUGUUGGGUAACGAGCAGGUCGAAAAACUGGCGUCAGUAGGCAUUCGAAGGGUGCUAUCGAGCUGUAUUCGUUUCACCAGAGCUCUUUGCGAGUACGAAGCUGAGUUUAAUUUAGGCCCGUCCGGGCUGGAGAUACCAGUUGAUCGCGGUGGUUGUGGAUGA